CCAAACCGGAAACUAUCUGCUUUGUUUAGCUGCGAGUGGGUGCCUGCUAGGAGUUCGCACCAAGAUGUCGGGGUCGGACGAGGACGAUUCUAUCACGAAAAAGGAUGAUGUGGUCCAACGUCUGGAGAAGUUCAGGGGACACUCGGAGAGCGACAAGCACUGGGUGCACAGGAGGGAGUUCAUACUACGGAAUAAAAGACAGUAUAAGGGCAAGGUGAUGAGGGAUCGUCUACUUUCACUUUCAAUGGUGUGGGCCAACAAUGUCUUCCUCGGCUGCAGAUAUAACGCGGAUAUCAUCGACAAAGUGAAAGAAAUGGCCGAGGGCAUCGAGGUGGAGGACGCGCCAGUCUUCAAGACAAGAGAUGAUAUUAUGAAGGAGAAGCAGGUUAGAUGAUGGAUCCCUCUUGUUCAAAAUAUACAAGCUGUGCUAGUGUGACCACAUUUGUCUUCUCACCAUUUUUUUAUGAUUUUUUAAAUAAAUGAUGAAAGAUGA